AUGCACGGGAUGCGGCGGACGCACUACGCGGCGCGGGUGGGGCCGCGGACGACGGGCACGAUCGGGUGGGAUACCCUGGUGCUGCUGCAUUUCGUGCAUCACCUCCCUCAACUCGCGCGCGGCGCGAGCGGGGCCGUCGUCGACGAUGCCAUCGCCCCGCUCGUGCGGAGUUGGCGGCGGUUGUUGGUGGAGUUGCAAGGGAUCGACGCCGAGGAGGCCCCGGAGCACUCCCGGCGCCGGGGCGCCUUAGCCCUCGUGAACGGGCUCCUUCAGAUUCUUUUUCAACGCUACAACACCCACCAAUGUGCGGUGUUGUUGGGGUCCGUCGAUCACGCCGAGGCGAGCGCGCGCGCCGCGCGGGAUUCGAUGCGGUCGAUCCUCCAGCCUUCGCAACACCUGACGUCGGAGGUCGUCGCGUAUCAUUACUACCACGGCCGAAUGCGGAUCUACGAGCGACGCCUCGCGGAGGCGCAUCAGGACCUUCGCCGGGCGUACACCCUCCUCCCCCCGGCGGGCAGCGGGAAUGAGGCGCAGCGGCGGAAUAAACAGCGGGUUCGCUUUUUUCUCGCGGUGGCGGGGGUCGCGAACGGGUGGCGGAUUCCGGAGGAGAUCCAGCGCGCCGACGAGCUCCUCCCGAUGCUCUUCGGUGCGCUGGAGUCGGCCCUCACGCGGGGCGAUCCGGUCGCAUUCGGGAAGGCGCUGGAGCGGCAUGGCGCCGUAUGGCGCCGCCGAGGCGUGUAUCUUAUUUUGCAGCAGACAAAACCGCUCUGCUACGCGAUGCUCGUCGCGCGCGUGCACCACGCGCUCAGCGAACUCCCUCAUACCGACAGCACACGGAUCACGCUGUGCAACCUGGUUGCCGCGUACAACGCCGUCGUGGCGGAGGGGAGAGCGCAGGACCGGCGGGAACACAUCGAUAAGGGGGAAAAACGCACACGAAAAGGACGAUUACCGAAUAAACGGACACGCCAUAAUUCCAAUAACUCCGAGGACGACAAUGACGACGACGACGAGAUGGCAGAGGCCAUAGAUGACGACCACAUGAUGCUUUGGGUGGCUAAGGUAAUCAGCCGGGGAUACGUGCGGGGCUACUUGUCACAUGAACAUAAAACUCUGGUGGUGGCGCGAAAUAAUCCCUUUCCCUUCCUUUCUGAGCAGUGA